AUGUCGAUUGCGUCCAUCAUGCGCAAAGAGGACUUUGAAGCUCAAACUGGAGUGCCGCAAGGCACGAAGAAGCCUGAUGGGCAAGCAGCAAAGGACCAUAUGCUUUUGGGAUUCGAUGGAGAAUGUCGAAAGCCCGAAAAUCUUGGUACUGAGAUUCUCAACAUGCUGCAGGCUCUGCCGGAACUUUUGGUCUUGACGGAUAUCAAAGACCUGAAGAACACGCUAGGGCUGUACAGAAUUGCAUUUCUUUUCGAAGGUCUCGUUCAAUUCACCACCCCAGAAGGAACUAAAGUCGAUGCAUCCCAACACAAGCUCUCCGCACAUGACGCAGAUUUCAUGCACAAGCACAGACAUGAAGACAUAUCAACUACAGUGAUGCUAAAACCGCAGUAA